AUGUCCGUGAAUUCUUCGUUCCGGCUAGCCACCGUUCCACCGGUUGUUCCGGUUGAUCAUCCGUACGUGAUCUUCGCCCGGGAGAUCUACGUGUGGCUGGUGCCGUUGAUGGUGACGGUGUUGAUGGUGAGUCGGCGGAUGAGAGGGGGUACAUUCGACUAACGUUUUUGGGAUGCCAAUUUAAGGUGGGCUUCGACUUAAUCCGCGAUUUCGGGGGAACAUCUUCAUUAAUUAGAUUAAUAAAACCGAAAUAGGAAUGUGGGCUAUUCGUUGACAUAAGCGUCUGGCCAUAAGCGCGUUUAAUUGGCCGAUUAAUUAGUUGCAUAUUCAAGACACUUGAUCAAAUAUUGAAAUAUAUGUGAAACAUCAAGCAUCUUUUUUAAAUUACAUUAACCAUGCAAACCCUGAAUUUUAAUUUAAUUUAGAUAUCAGUGAUCGGCAAUGGACUGAUCGUGAUUUCAGCGCCUUGGAUGGGACGUCACAUAAAUCCCUACCAUCGUCUAUGCAUCAGUCUAGCCGCUUCCGAUUGUUGGGCCGCUUCUCUUCUAAUUACAGGUAUCACGAAUGUUAUAAAAAAAGAGGAAUUUAAAUAAUUAUAUUAAAUUCAACAUGUCGUACUAGUCCGUUCGCAAAGUUGCUGGAGUGAUUCUCGCGACAUGCACUCUGCGAAAAAAAAAGUUUACUUUGCACUGUGCAAUUUUUUCUUUUUGCACCGUGCAAUAGGUUUUUUUCGGCUGUCGCCCACACCGAGACUUUUUUGCACAGUGCACGUCGCCGGAAUCACUCAAUCGACUUUGCGAACCGACUAAUAGAUAUCGCAAAACCAUGUAGUGACUAGUCAGUUCAAGAGCAAUGCCGGAACUAACAAUAAUAUAAUUAGUUUUUAGGCCUUUGCGUCAACAGUUACAUGCCCGUGGUUCUGAGGAUCCAGAAGAACAACGAGUGCAUAGCCGCGAUUCUGGAGAUCUUCAGGAUCUCCGGCAUGCUCACUUCUAACCUACAUAUCCUGGCGUUGGCCACCAAUCAAUUCGUGGGCAUCUUGUAUCCCCUUAGAUAUAAAGUAAGAUUACUUCUUGAUUUACUUACAAGUUUUCAGAUGCUAAUAACGACAGGUCGACUUCGCCGCCUCAUUUUGGUGUUGUGGGUGGUCCCCGUGAUCUUCGUAACGUCCUGGUUUGUUCUGAUUCCGGGUGAUGGAUUCCGCGAUUCCAAAUGUCGACAGCGUUUCUACCGUCGUCUUCCAUUCCGUUUGAGUGUUUUCGUUUUCUUCGUGGUCCCUUUGUUUGCAACCUUCGCUCUUUACGGAUUUAUCGUCAGAUAUUUGUUAAAUGCCAAAGCCAAAUCCUCUCACGAAAUGCGGUAAGCACACCGUAUAUAUGAUUACAGUACCCCUAAUCUGCAGAAGAUCCGUUCGGAACAGUUACCGCAGAAAAGUUCAAUCCCGGCUAAAGUUGAUGUGGACCACGCUCCUAAUCCUGAGCACAUUCACAUUGUCCUGGGGCGUCUGUGUCUUAUAUUUUCUACUCGUUUGUGUGGAAGGAUGUCCUUUUAUUUAUAUGCAAAGCGUCAGUUUCUACGCGGGCUUUCUUCUCAGUUCUACAGUCAAUUUUUUGGUAAGCCAUCAUACGAGAAAUGUGUCGGAAAGUUUUUGUCGAUUUCUUGGCGCUCAGUCAAGAUAUAAGAGUGGUGCUUUAUAUUACUCCAAAAAGUUUCAAACUUACUUCAUUUUUAGCCUACAUGAAAAUUUUUGUUUUUUUUUAACCUAUAGGUAGAAAAAAAUUAUUUUUUUGGCAUAGGUGGUUUUUUUCAUGUAUCAGUCUGUCGGGAAAAUAACGGCGGAUCGUCGCGCCUCGGAAUCGCUCAUCAUCGCUUUGCGGUAGCGGCCACAGCUGGAGAUUUGGUGCGCGAUUGCGGUGAGGCGAGUCAUUUUGAUGCGAUGACCCGCCGUUAUUUUCCCGACAGACUGAUAUGCCAAAAAAAUUUUUUUGCCCACAUGAAAAAAAGCACCUAUGCCAAAAAAAUAAAUUUUUUUUGGCCCACAUGAAAUUUUUUCACGUAGCCAGACGACAUUUUGAAGUAGGCCACAAAAUUUCAUGUAGGGUAAAAAUGAAAUAAGUUUGAAACUUUUUGGAAUAAUAUAAAGCACCACUCUUAUAUCCAAAAAAAUUUGCGCAGGAUAGAGAAGAUGGGCGGUGUUUUGCCUAACAUGUGAUCGGCAAAUAGUUGCAACCUUUAAUCUUAACGAAACAUAUACCAUUUGAAAGAUCAUUAAAAGUAGUGCACAACGCAAAAAGAAUAAGCUGCCUAAUUUAUGUUUGGACAAAGUUAUGGCCAAAAUACAGAUUUUAGCCUAAUUUCGCGCGUCACUUUGUAAGCUCUUGGAAUCGCAACGUGUCCAGUUGGCAGGGUGGUAGUGACCCCACUUCCGGCGCAACAAGUCCCGGUUUCGAAUCCGGGCUUUGCAUUUUUUUUUGCAUUUCGUGUCUUAUAUGCCACAAAACAUGGUAUGUUGAUAUUUUUAAACAAUUUAUGUUCCUCCGCAGACAAAAUUCAUUUUUACGGGAUUUUUCUGAAUUUUUGGCUUUUUUGAAACGACCACAAAUUUGAUGGUGAUGAGAGUGGGGAUGCCAUUAUCAGAUAAUUACAAGGGUGUCAUCCCAGUAGACCUAUUAUAAUAAAAAACGACCGUGACAGACGUUUUUGGAUACUAGAAAAUCAAAGGAGACGAAUUCAAGCCGCCAGGAUUACUGUAAUAUAAAAAACCGGCGUUUUGGCCGCAUAUAACCACUUUCAUAAAACGGCCAUAACUAUAAAUUAGGCAGCUAAUUUUUUUGCGCUGUGUACUAUUUUUAAUGCUCUUUCAAAUCAUAUAUGUUUCAUUAAGAUUAAAGGUUACAACUAUUUGCCGAUCCCUUGUAAGAAAAUAAUUUUCUCCGCCAACGCGGAAAUCAGUUUAUUCAGCGGAGACUUUUAAUCACUUUUUUGGUCACCACACCAAUCAUAAACGCUUUAUUGUGCUUUCUGAUGGUUUAAAGGAGAAUUUUCGCAUAUAUUUGUGUUCAUCAAGCGUUCAGCGAAGGUUUGGCGGACGUUCGCCAUAUCGGCGGAGACCAUGACUCAGCUGCGGACAAGAGAUGUCCCAGUCCAUUUCUUACACUCUGGCGUUUCAUAGCGCUAUCGCCGACUUCCUGAUCCAUUGGGCAAAAAAAUUGAAGUCUUUCCGGAAGCUUCAGUGUCACAAUAAAGCGUGUCCGUGUGAUUACCAAAAAAGUGCCCGAAAGUCUCCGCCGAAUAAACGUUUUCCGCGUUGGCGGAGAAAAUGAUUUUCUUAGGCAAAAAACCGCCCAUCUUCUUCUUUAUCCCGCAAAAAGAUUUUUUUAACGACAAAAACUUUCCGGCACAUUUCUCGGAACGCCCUAUAUAUUCCUUCAAGGUCGCCCUCAAACUUCUACUGAAUCCUCUAAUAUAUGCCCUCAGGAUGAAUCAUAUCAGAGCGAGUGUCCUCGCUUGUCUAAAGGCCGUUUCCUUUACAAUUUUCCGUCGUUCCUUCUCGAAUCACAAUAUUAAUAUGGAAUCCACCUCAUUUGAUCCCCAUUCCCCCAAUCUGAAGCCCUGUAAAUCAGCUGAAAACAUCGCUAAGAAGAAGCAAAACUUCGCAGUAAGGAGUACAUCUUCGAGUAGACUAUGUGAACUUCCAAACAGAACCCGAACGACCUCUUCCGAGAGUAUUCAUCUGCUUUCCAAUGAUGAGGUUCGACGUCGAGCUUACAAAUAUGGGAAAUAA